UGGCGUUAUCACGAGACCACGCCCGCACGACGGUUUGUUUACAGCAAGAUGUGCAUAGAGGCUUCUGAUCGGCGAUAAUGCAGUUUACACGUUUGCUUGCGUUUUUCUGAAAAUGAAUGUAAUGGCACGACGAGCUCACGAAGACACGGAACCUCUGCUUCAGUCCUCACAUGCGUACGAAGAUGAUGAUCAGGCAACCAACAAGAAGAAACUCUCCUAUGAGGAGGCUGUUGAAGCAACAGGGUUCGGGCUCUUCCACUGGCUGCUGUUGGUCAUCUGCGGGUGGGCGAACGCCAGUGAUGCUGUGGAGAUACUGUGCGUGUCUUUCUUGUUGCCCACCGCCCGCUGUGACCUGCACCUCAGCUCGGCUGAUAUGGGAAUUCUGACCGCCAGCAUUUUUCUGGGCAUGAUGGUGGGAGGUUACGUUUGGGGAUAUCUGGCCGAUCGCAGAGGCCGCCGAAGCGUCCUUGUCGUUUCUCUGGCUGUGAAUGGCGUCUUUGGGGCUGUGGCCAGUUUGGCACCGAGUUUCUGGCUCUUUCUGCUCCUGCGGUUCUUCAGUGGACUCGGGGUCGGCGGAUCCAUUCCUGUAAUCUUCUCCUAUUUUUCGGAAUUCCAGCCAUGUCUACGGAGAGGAGCGAUGAUCAGCGCCCUCGCCACCUUCUGGAUGGCUGGAAAUAUUUUAGUAGCAGGUGUGGCAUGGUUGGUCAUUCCCAGAACAUCUCUGAAUGUUCGUCUUAGCUGGAUGGACUUUCAAAGCUGGCGUCUAUUCGUGGUCCUCUGCUCGAUUCCAAGUUUGUCAUCGGCACUUAUAUUCAGACUCUUCAUGCCAGAAAGCCCAAAAUUCCUCAUGGAGGCUGGUCGUGAGACAGAGGCUUUAUCUGUGUUCCAGACGAUGUUUAGACUGAACAACAAUUUCACCAUCAAAACGUUUCCUGCAUCGGGGCUAGUGAUCAGACCUAAAGAAGAUGGAGAGAAAGAGAGACUCGGUCCAAGAUCUUUUACCGGCCGCCUCAAGCAGGCAUUUGACCCCAUUAAACAGCUGUUUGUCAGACCACUGGCUUCAAGAAGCGUCGCUCUGCUUAUAAUAUUUUACUGCAUAUCAUUUGGAUAUUAUGGCUUAUGGAUGUGGUUUCCGGAGCUUUUCAAGAGGAUGGAAGAUGGAGGGUCUGCAUGUGCCAACACAUCCCGAAUCCAAAGCUCAGCGAAUGAAAGCUGCUAUCCUGUCAAGACUGCUGUGUACAUGGAAGGUUUCAUAACUGCAGCUUCAAACCUUCCAGGAAACAUUUUAACUAUCCUGCUCAUGGACAGAUUGGGAGGAAAAAUCCUGCUCUCUGUCAGUUUGAUGGUGUCCAGCGUGAGCGUGUUUGUCAUCUACGUGGUGAAGACCAAAUCUCAGAGUCUGAUCGUGUCUUGCGUGUUCAGUGGUGUUUCUGUCAUCUCCUGGAACGCUCUGGACGUCCUCGGGACGGAACUUUACCCCACACAACUACGCUCCUCAGCUCUGGGGUUUUUCACCGGAGUGGGUCGUGUGGCAGCAAUCAUGGGAAAUGUGGUUUUCGGGCAGCUUGUGGACUCGAGCUGUGCUGUUCCUCUGCUGAUGGUCUCUGCGCUCCUGCUGGCAGGAGGAGUGGCUGCGUUACGCCUGCCGCAAACUAAACAGACUGAACUCACUUGAUACACCCGAUGAACAACAUUUGAAGCACGGGUGACCUCUAACGUGAUUCCGAACUACAGGACCAAAGAGCUUUACAUUUCCUUUUCAGUUUUGCCUUUAUGAUACACAAGUGCAAAUUAUAAAAAUAUUUAAGGGCAGUCAAAUGAUUAAUCACAUGCAGAAUAAAAGUUUGUGUUUAUAUAAUAAACUGUAUGUCUGUGUACUGUGCACUGUGCGUAGUAAUUUUGUUUUUAUAAUAGCAUACACAUAAAUGCAUAUAUUUAAGAAAAAUAUCAAAAUGUAUAUAUUAUUUUAAUUAUUUGGUUAAUGUAAGUAAUUACAUUUAAGUAUUUCCUAAAUACUGUAUAUAUACAUGUAUGAGUUUAUAAGUAUAAAAUGAAUAUGCACAGUCAUAUAGGAUAUAUAUUAUGUAAACACAAACAUUUAUUCUGGAUGCGAUUAGAUUGUUUUGCACAAUAGGACCAGCAUCAUUUUAAAAUGACUAUUUUUUAUGAUUUUCUAAUAGAUAAUAUAAUUGAACAACUUUA